AUGAACUGGAACAUCCGCAACUGCCGGCCACUGAUGGCUGGCUGCACGACGUUCUUGAUGCUGGUCGCCUACUUCCUCGCGACUGGCAUUGCCACUGCUAAGGCAGAUGUUGGCAGAGUCCACGCUCGCGACCUUUCUACUACUUCCGACUUCGACGGUGACCUCACCAACAACGCUUCCAAUGCUACACACGCACCAAUCCUCUUCAAGCGUGCCGAUGGCUUCUUGGUCGAUGCUGCGGACUUCGACACAUUCAUGUUAUAUGUCUGCAACGGCAGACUGUUCACAGAUGCGAUGUGCAUGGAUGAGCACUACUUAUCGGCCAACAUGGGUCUCCAGCAGAAGGAGCACAAUUACGUUGAGCAAUUCAUCGACUCGCCAGAAUGGACAAUGCUGGAGCACGGCGAGGUGUUCCUCGUAGGCGAGAAGUACCCUGAGCUUUAUGCUUUGCAGGGUCUUCGAAAACUGAAUGGAAUGCGAAGUGACACAAACCGCGAGACUCGGGUAUUCGACCUGACCUCAGAUCAGUGGCAAUACAGUAGACAUGUGCAAAACAGGCCAUACGGUGAAUCGGCUCACCCGACUUUCGCAUACUUCGAACAUAUUAUGAAAUCGGAGGUGCAUCCGAGGUACAACGGCGGCGUGAUCAUCAUCCCUGGUGCCCGAAGCCCACAUUAUCAGGUUGCAGCCUUGGGUCUCACACAACCCUAUCCUCUUAUCUCUAAGUGGUCAGAUAGCGCCUACUUGCAAGACAUGGCCAACAGGGGUGAAACGGCUAAGAGGGAGAAUUAUGUGAUAGAGCCCCCAACGUGGUUCCUGCUCAAGGAUGUGUACGGCCCUCGCGAUACCUUAGCCGUCAUCACUAGAUGCCUGCGAUACCACGGUUGGACAGACCCUCACAUGCCUCUUUGGCAGGACAGAAUGACCUUCCCAAUCGGCUCGGCGUGCUACGACGCAAUCCUAGGGACACAGAACUCGGCAGGUCUCGCUUGGUUCCUUAUUGAGCACAAGUUCAAGUACGACAUUACCACGCUAGCCUCCGUCACGAUAUGUUCGGAUCCACACGUCAACGUCGGCUCCGGCGACCAUCCACCAGUGCACAUGCCUGACUUCAACGAUGAGCUCGGAGCCACAGAGAUGCCAAACUUACUGUGGUGGGCUGGAACCUUGAGUAGUGCCCUGACGUGGAGAAAUGGCAAGAACCUCAUGAAUAUGCGAGGAGAGAACUCUGCCUACGAGGCGGGCCAGAUACCAAACAUUCUGCAGAAAGCGUCAUGGGACACUGGGCGGGUCGGCUCUAUGCCGUCUUUCCCACACAAGUUGACCCCACACACCUAG